CGACGCUAAACAGAGAAAAGAAAGGGGAUGGCCUAAGAUGGCGGCUGAUGAUCGAAGUAGUCGAGAUAUGGAGGAAUUCCUUGACUCCAUGAAACAAUGCCUUGACGAUGUCGAUCAGGCGCUUGCUGACGAAAAUGCUUCUAUUCCAUUUGACUACUUAGAGAGUAGGCUAGAGGACCAUUUCCAAAUUCUUAACGCAGUAGCAAUCGCAAUACAGGAUAAUGCCGGUGGUGAUCUGAAGCAGGCUGUUGAAGACCUGCUGUCAUUUUCGGCAAAAUUUGCUCCAGGAAAUCCAUGCCACAAAGGUUCAGAGGGUUCAUUCAAAGGUUCAUUCACCCUCAUUCACCCUAAUUCACCUUCAUUCACCUUCAUACACCCGCAUUCACCUUCAUUCACCUUCAUACACCAUCAUUCAUCCUCAUUCAUCUUCAUACAACAUCAUUCAUCCUCAUUCACCCUCAUUGACCCUCAUUCACUCUCAUUCACCUUCAUACACCUUCAUUCACCUUCAUACAACUCCAUUCACCUUCAUACACCUCCAUUCACCUAUCUACACCUCUAUUCAUCUUCAUACACCAUCAUUCACUUUCAUACACCAUCAUUCAUCCUCAUUCACCUUCAUUCACCCUCAUUCACCAUCAUUCACCCUCAUUCACUCUCACUAUCAUUCAUCCUCAUUCACCUUCAUUCACCAUCAUUCACCUCCAUUCACCUUCAUCCACCUUCGUACACCUUUAUACACUAUCAUUCACCUUCAUUUACCUUCAUACACCAUCAUUCACCCCCAUUCAUCCUCGAUCACCUUAAUUCACCAUCAUUCACCUUCAUACUCCAUCACCCUCAUUCACCUUCAUUCACCAUCAUUUACCCUCAUUCACCUUCAUUUACCAUCAUUCACAAUCAUUGACCCUCAUGCACCUUCCUACACUACUAUUUACCCUCAUUCACCUUCAUACACCUUCAUUCACCAUCAUUCAACCUCAUUCACCCUCAUGCACCUUCAUACAUCAUUAUUCACCCUCAUUCACUUUCAUUUACCAUCAUUCACCUUCAUACACCUUCAU